AUGUCUCUCGACAAAGAGCCCUGGGCUUUCUCCCACGCAUCCCCAGAACCAACUCCCGACGACCUCCACGAUGUCUGUCUCAACGACGAAGCUACGGGUUUCGAGACUCGAAUUCCUCUGCCUGCUGGAAGCCGGCCUGAAUGCCUGAAGAACGCCGCCCACGAAUGUCUCUUCGUUGCCCUCAUCGCUUUCGCCGCGGCCACGCCAGUCUUCCUCCAACGAUCCACCGUGGUUGUCGUCGCGUCCAUAGGAGAAUCCCUGGACAUGACACCAGCACAAAUGGCUUGGUCUACAGCGAGCUCAGGACUGACGACUGGUGCUUUCUUGCUGCCCUUGGGACACGUCGCUGAUACAUGUCGCCUAUUGCCACGCAAGGCGCUUCUGAUAACCAGUCUGAUAAUCUUCGGGAUGUUGGUGGCAUGCACGUCGUUCUCGACGAACGGCACCGUGCUUGACAUCAUCUCUGGGCUAACAGGCCUUGCUUGCGCUGCCAACAUUCCCAUCGCUGUCGGCAUUCUGAGCCUCGUAUACCCGGUCUCGUCUCGUCGCAAGAAUUUGGUCUUCUCGUCCUUCCUGAUGGGAACCCCGGCAGCGACGAUCAUAGGCGGUCUUGGAUCAGGAGCGCUUGAGCUCCAGUUGAGUUGGAAAGCCCCCUUUGUUGCAUUAGGAGCACUGUACGCUAUCGUCUCGGCUCUCGCCUGGGCAUUUGUCCCUAAGGUCUCCGAGCCGGAAGACUCCUACGAGAAACCCGAGUUGGAAUUGCUAACCGAGCCACACUCGCCCCUGAUCAUCUUAGAUCUCAAGAGGCCAUCCGAGCUGCUACAUUUCGACUGGCUUGGGUUGAUUUUGCUCAUCGCAGGCAUUCUGCUACUGACCGUGUCCCUCACCAUAGGACCAGAAGGUCCAGAGCCAUGGAAGACACCAACGGUCAUCUUCCUGCUGAUAUUGGGAGCGCUUUCGCUUGGAUUAUUCAUUCUUUGGGAGACUGUCACGAAGAGCCCCAUGAUCCCCCCGUCAAUAUGGGAUAACUGGAAUGUGACACUGGUCGUUCUUUGCACACUCAGUGUCUCCAUGUCAUAUUACUCUCAGCUAUUCUGGGUGUCAAUGUUCAUGCAAGAGAUCGAGGGUCUCAGUCCAUUCGACGUUGCCGUGAGACUAUUGCCGCAAGCUCUAGUCGGUCUACUUUUCAGCCCUCUUGUCGGCUUGAUCAUGCACCGAGUUUCGGGAACCUUCCUGAUUACAGUCGCUGCAUUUGCUACGGUGCUGAGCAAUGUGUUGCUCAUGUUCUUGCAGCAUGGGAACUACCACUUGAUUUGGAUAUUGCCAUCGCUCAUGUUGAGCACCGUUGGACUUGACUGGACCAUGAACGUUGGAUCUCUAUACAUACUAUCCUCUCUUCCACUCAAGCACCAUUCGAUAGGGGCUUCGCUUCUUCAAAUCACCAGCCGGCUUGCUGUUCCACUCGGUAUGGCAAUCACCACCGCAGUGUGGUCUUCGUACGAUGGCAAGGGGGACAGAGGCCAACCCGAGCUUGCAUACACCAAUGUGUUCAUCACGACGACAGCGUUUUCAGGCUUGGCACUGCUUUUAGUCCCGUUCCUCCGCAUUGGCAAGCAAGGCGGGACUAAGAGCGAGACUAAGAACCAGGUACCAGACAUCGAAAACAGCCAGACAAACGACGCCGAGCAAAUGGACUUUCUGCCACCACUUCCGGAAUCUUUCUUGGAAAGAGAGCUGGAGCUGGAGAAGAGACGGAGCAAGGACAACCGCCCAAGCAUGGCAAGCAAGCGCUGGUCUCCAGUAGGGACCUUAACCCCAACCCUGACUGGAGGAUCAGUGAGUGGAAGACUGCCUUCUACACCGACAACUGGCGGAUCAGUAAGUGGAAGACGACCUUCUACAUUGGCCCCUUCCGUUUCCUCGUUGUCAUCAUCGCAGAAAAGCGCAGAACUCCCCAAGUCUGUGUCGUCGUUGUCGUCGUCACAAAAAAGCGCGGAACCCCCCAAGUCAGAAAUCCGGGUCAGAUCCGAGACUACGGCCAGGACGACCAUCAAACAAGGACACACGCCAUCGGAGAAGAUCGUCUGGGUCGUGUGUGAAGAGUGUGGCACGAGCAAGCGCCACGCGGAAACAACACAUGCGAGCAAGCGCCACGUGGAAACAACACAUGCGGUCGUGGGCGACCCGGCACGUUACUUCAAUGACCCUGCCUGCGGAGGAGGGUCGACCGUGAUCAAGGAGCAGCCUCACCGCCAUCAUCAACCUGUUGGUCCCAGUCUCACUCAGCCUGAGCACCAACCAGCGCCACAGAGACCGUUUGGUGGACGCAGACGUCUGCCGAUGGUCAACCGUCAAUUGAUGACCCAUCAGAUGUUGACUCAGGGGUUCCAACUGUGA